AUGCCAAUCGAAAUGAGACGGGCCACACAGGCCGAUAUUCCCGAUAUAAUUGAAAUCAUGUCGCACGCACGGUCUGGUGCUAUCGACCAAGAUGAACGCUUUCCUCCUGAUCUAAAAACUGGUCUUUAUACCGAUUCAACUCGCAAAUAUGAGGAGGGAAAUCUAGAACACCUUUUGAGAUCAAAUCCUUGCUCAAUUAUGUGGAAGGCGAUCGAUACAGAUCAAGAAGACCGAACAGUAGCAGCGGCAUUCUGGCUAUCUCCAGAAAGCUACAUUAAACAUGAUCGUGAAUUGGAAAGGCUUCAAGAAUAUCCCAAGUUAAAGCGUCCACCUCUUCCGUCUACUGCUCGAGCCAAUGUCUGUCAACUGUUCCAGCAGCAGAUAAGUAGUGCCAGGCCACUAAUUUGGAAGAAUCUUGAUGAUCACUGGUGUGAGUUUAAUUGA